AUGAAAUAUAGGAAUAACAUCACUGAAUUUGUUCUCUUAGGACUUUCUCAGAAUAAUAAGGUUCAAAUUUUGUGUUUUAUCCUAUUCUUAUUUUGCUAUGUGGUUCUUCUAAUGGGUAACUUGAUAAUCAUGAUAUCUAUUCUGGGCAGUAAGCUCAUUGACCAACCCAUGUACUAUUUUUUGGCUUACUUAUCCCUUGUGGAUGUUUGUUACACCUCCACAGUGACACCAAAGCUCAUCAGUGAUUUGUUGGUUGAAAAGAAGAGAAUUUCCUACAACAACUGCUUAAUCCAAGUUUUUACAAUUCACUUAUUUGGGGCCAUAGAAAUCUUUGUCCUCACAGGGAUGGCCUAUGACCGGUAUGUGGCCAUCUGCAAACCUCUACAUUACCAGGUAAUUAUGAGCAGGAAGAGGUGCAAUAUAAUGGUCAUAGUUGCCUUUGUUUGGGCAAUUCUGCAUUCAUUUUCUCAGUCUGUCCUCCUCAUGUUAUUGCCCUUCUGUGGUCCCAAUGAGAUAAAUCAUUACUUCUGUGAUGUAUAUCCGUUAUUGGAACUUGCCUGCAUUGAUACUCAAAGAGAGGGACUCCUGGUGGUUGUCAGUUCAGGGAUGGUUGCUUUGGUGGUUUUUAUUGUGGUUAUGGGUUCAUACAUUAUGAUAUUAUAUAGUCUUCGUGGACACUCUUCUGAGAGUCACCAGAAAGCUCUUUCUACAUGUGGUUCUCAUAUCACUGUUGUAGUCUUGUUCUUUGGACCUGUGCUCUUCAUUUAUAUUAGACCAGCCACCACUUUCAAAGAGGAUAAAGUGUUUGCUCUUUUUUAUACCAUCAUUGCUCCCAUGCUCAAUCCUUUCAUAUAUACACUAAAGAAUAAAGACAUGAAAAAUGCAAUCAUGAAUAUAUGGAGAAACAAUUUUUUAAGAAGAAAUCUUAUUUUCUAA